AUGGUGAAAGGAUUGAAAGUGAGCGUGGAUUUGAACCUGGACGCCGUCUCCAGCCCGGGCACGGUUUUGGGCACACGAGGGCCGCUUUAUAUUGAAAUGCAAAUAUUUCGACAUCUUUUGCGAUCUGAAGCAAGUCCCUCUAUCUUCCCCAUUCUUCUCCACAAGCGUCUGAACAUCACCCAUAUCUUCCCAUAUCUAACUGAUCCGGGACAGCUGGCCAACGAACUGGCGAAGCAGAUGAUCUCGAUCAAGCUGAUUCAAGAAGGCGCCCUUGGGGAUCAGAUCCUUGCUCAUUACGCUGCGAGCGCGCGCGACUUUCUCUUCCCAACACCACAGCUGUCGGACACUUAUCCAGGAGUCCACCGCGAAGUCCUGAUGAAUCGGACCCAAUUUUACACGGGACUUCUUGAACCAAAACUCGAAUUUAGUACAAAAACGACCAUCAAAGAAGUCACAGCGAGGCGAAAAUUUGGAGGUACCGCGAUAACCAACCGUGUCCGCAGCCCAUCCCCUGUUCGUGGACGAGGAGCUUUCGAAAUGUCGAAAAGCGACGAUCGGUUAACUCGCACUGCUGCGAAGAAUCUUCAACAGGCUACGCAACAAAAAUCGCAACGUUCCAGAAGCGCGGUCCGUAGAUCUGAUGAUCCUCGUUUCAUGAACACGACGAUUUCCUUCCGUGCAAAAUCUCCCGAAAGAAGAGUAAAAUCAGCUAAAUCGUCGACGAAAAAACCACUGCCGUUCGUUGGUGCUAAUGAUAAUCACAAUCUAGCACGAUAUACCUCUACUUAUUCGGAAACCAAAGCUCCUCCCACCAAGUCCAGGCAAACUAUGGUAACUGAACUUGAUUACACCGGAAAUACGUACGAGAAGAUCCGAGAAAGAAUUUCAAGAUUACUUGAAUCACCCCGCGCACAAGAAUUCAACAGACACGGUGAGCUCGAUGCAUCGCUUGUAAGACUGGAACGGAAAAUUGCUGCAAAUAAAGGACCGAGGGUAAAUUUGGCUCAGGAUUGCACCUGGUCUGAGGAUGCCUCCAAAUAUCGCGGUGAAAGUCAUCGACAAACUUUCGAUGCAAGCCUCAAACACGUAUACGAUGGGAUAGUUGAAGAUUACGAAGCCUGA